CUUCCUCCACCCGGGUUGAUCGAGUCUGCUCUAGGGUUUUUGCUACGCCGCCGCCGCCGCCUCUCUGCCCCUGCAUCGCCUCCACCCACCGAGACACCAAGAUGACGGCGCAGACAGCCGAGGAGCUCGCCGCCCAGAUCGAACAGCAGAAGCUCGAGGAGCAGAAGACCGAGGCAGAGGAGGUUGUGGUCGAGGAUGAUGAGGAUGACGACGAGGACGAUGACGAUGAUGACAAGGAUGAUGAUGAACUGGAGGGACAAGAAGGUGAUGCCACUGGCAAAUCAAAGCAAAGCAGGAGUGAGAAGAAGAGCCGCAAGGCCAUGCUGAAGCUUGGCAUGAAGCCCAUCACUGGUGUCAGCCGUGUCACCGUGAAGAAAAGCAAGAACAUAUUGUUUGUCAUCUCCAAGCCAGAUGUAUUUAAGAGCCCGAAUUCCGACACCUACGUCAUCUUUGGCGAGGCCAAGAUCGAGGACCUCAGCUCCCAGCUGCAGACCCAGGCAGCGGAACAGUUCAAGGCUCCUGACUUGAGCCAGAUGAUCUCAAAGCCUGAGACAUCCGGCAUGGGGCAGGAGGACAACGACGAGGUGGUUGACGAGACCGGCGUGGAGCCCAAGGACAUUGAGCUGGUGAUGACCCAGGCAUCCGUUUCGCGAGCCAAGGCCGUCAAGGCUCUCAAGUCUGCCGAUGGAGACAUAGUCACUGCCAUUAUGGAGCUGACGAACUAGAGGGGUCAGGAUUUUUGUUGUGGUCGAACUAUUUUCGUUUCAGUGCUAUGCAUCUUGAGCGUUAUCUGCGGACCAUAUGCUCAGAUAGUUUUAUCGUGCUUGCUCCUUCCGUCGAGGUCGUUCCAACAUGAUUUGUUGUUUGCUGUCUUCAGCUAUAGUUUAUAGCUUAUGGUGUUGUCUCUCUA